AAAUAUUUCGCAUUUCACGUUCGAACAGUGAUGCGAUCGUUUAGUUCGUCUUGAAGAAGAACAGAAAGCAAGAAGAUAAAGAGUCGUUCGGAGCUGUUGGUGCGCGCCGUGAAUUGUUGGAAUAGUGAAAAACAGAAAUUGUUGAGCUACAAAGCGAGUAAAUUUUGUGAAAUUAUUAAUUUUCAAAUAAAAAUAUUUAUGCCAACUGUGCAAAAAAUUCAUUCUCGUUGGGCUCUUCAAAAAUACUAGCCUCCUCGCCAGCUAACUGAACAAAUGUGCUUUACAAGAUCGUUGCAAAUGUAAAUUUCAUACAUACAUACAAACAUAUUUUGGUAUACUGCUAAAAUAUAUUACAAACGGUUUAUUUGGAAGUAGCCCAAAACGCUCAGUUCGACUCGCGUAGCUAUCCCGUACCCGAGGGAAAUUUUGCAUUGGCUACGAAUAUUUUGACAACUCAGUGCAGUUUGGCUCGGUUGCUGCUCGCAGUUUAUUAUUGUUGUUAACGCAACGUUAUACAUACUACGUCAUUGUUUGCGCGCCUCAUUUGCGUUAACGCGUGCCUCUCAAGUGCGGUCAACAAAAAUUAAGCAAACAGAAAAAAGUUGUGCAAUUAAAUAAAAAUGCGAAUAAAGCAGAGUUUUGCCCGCAGCUUUUUGAAUGAAUUUAAAUUGAGAAAAUUUGGCUUCAACUACAACCAUUUGGAUCAGUUUUAUCGAUCACAGUGGCAAAGCAAAGAGCGCAGCGUCUACUUUUUGCUGUACAAAUGGAUUUGGGCGUGCUUCUUUAUUUCUGUAUUCACAGCAUCCUUGGUUUUGCAAUUAUCAGGUGGCAAACUCUUUAUCUUCUUGACAAACUGGGGCAUAAUUCUGUGCCUUUUGACACAGAUAAGCGGUGCUGUACUCGCGACACGAUGGCAUUUCAAUUCGGGCGGUGCACGCAGCGUGGUGAUUGAGGCGCGCACUCUAAAAGAGCCACCGCCCACGCCGAAGCUCGUGCAGUUCUACUGGUGGUGUCAUGGCGUAGGUUUGUCGUUGGCACUCAUUAUUACGACAGUUUAUUGGAUUUUCUUGCAUGGGAAAAUGAACAAACCAAUGCGUUAUCCAGUGCUCAGUUUCGUUACACACUGCCUCAAUUCAGUAUUUAUGCUGGUAGAUUUUUUUGUUGUCGCAUUUCCGGUGCGUGUACUACAUGUCAUCUAUUGGAUGCUACUGCCUAUAAUCUACUAUCUGUUUACUGUAGUCUAUUUUAUCGCCGGCGGCUUGGAUGAAUAUGGCAAUCACUAUGUGUAUCCAAUUUUGGACUGGACUACUCCAGCGCGCGCCAUAACCACAUUUGCUGGAGUUUUCGUUUUGUAUGUGAUCUAUGCAAUUAUUUUGUUUGCGCUAAGUAAGUUCAAGCGGUACCUUUCACGAACCCUGAAUGCAAUGGAUAGUCCACAUGCCAUCGGAUUAAUUUAAAAUGCUUCUUUCAAUGACUUGUAUAUGAUUUUUAUGCGACUUUUAUAUGAUUUCAUGCGACUUUUAUCAUGCCACAUCGUAGUAUAUGAAUUUUUUAUUAGAGAUAUAUUCAUACAUAUAUUCAUUACACCCUUACACGUACACAUGUAUCUAGAAUACAUACAUAUAUCAUUGUCACGUGCAUAUAACUAGUAAGUAUGUAAUAAUUUUAUUUUAGUAUUUUGGAAUUAAAGAAAAAGACAAUAGAACUUUAUGAAUUGGUAGUGCCUAAGAAAACUGAAAAUAGUGUCCUGAAAAAUAAUAGCUAGAAUUGAUUAAUAAAUAAUGAGUGGUGAAAGCUUUUUUCUACUAA